GGUCAUUUUCCACGGUUAGAAUGACAUUAUUUUCCACAUUUAAUGCAUUUUGUGUUGUUUUAUACACAUUUUGGAUUAAAUAAUAAGUUAUAAAUAAGUAAACAAACGUUCUCCAUCUUUGCCUGUCAGACUGAAAGACGGGAUAGUGCUCAAUGUCUCGUUGCUCAGGCAAGCAGCGGAAGUGAAAGGACAGCAUGGCUGCUGAAGGGGAGACAAAACGAGUCCUGGAGAUGGUCCAGGCUGAUGGGGCCGAUGAGGGCUCCGUGACAUUUGUGAUGCAUGAUGAAGACCAUACCCUUGGAAACUCCCUGCGCUAUAUGAUCAUGAAAAAUGAGUGUGUUGAGUUUUGCGGGUACACAAUCACACAUCCGUCAGAGAGCAAGAUCAACUUUCGCAUUCAGACAAAAGAUGGAACUCCAGCCAUUGAGACUCUUCGUAGGGGCCUAACUGAGCUCUGUGAUGUUUGUCAACAUGUUCUCAACACCUUUGAGCUCACAAAUGUCUCAGAGGGAUGCACAAGCCACAACGACACCCUCGGCUCAGAUCCCACAUCAGUGCAAGAAAAAGCUCUACCCAAUGGGGAACAGUGAGAAACCUUGGAAGGGACCGCAGAUGUGGGGAUCCCCACCAGGGUGACCGAUGCAAUGGAUGCCGAGUGGAUACAUUUAAUAAUGUGAGAGUCCAGUCCAUAGUGGGGUUGUAAAUUCCAUGCUCAAGCGGAUUAAUGUCGCGUUACAUAACAAUGGUGCUCAUCCAAAAUAUUGUCAUUUAGGACUAGUGUUGUCCCGAUACCAAUAUUUUGGUACCAGUACCAAAAUUAUUUCGAUACUUUUCGGUACUUUUCUAAAUAAAGGGGACCAUAAAAAAUUACAUUAUUGGCUUUAUUUUAACAAAAUGUACGCUACAUUAGACAUAUGUUUCUUAUUGCAAGAUUGUCCUUAAAUAAAAUAGUGAACAUACAAGACAACUUGUCUUUUAUCAGUAAGUAAGCAAACAGACUCCUAAUUUAGCUG